CCACGGCGGCGUGGACCAACGAGGAGGACAAGGCGUUCGAGAACGCGGUCGCAUCCGGUGCACCGCCGCCGCUGGACGGCGUGCCGGAGGAGUGCUGGUUCGCGGCGCUCGCGGCGAGCGUGCCGGCGCGGUCGACGGAGGAGGUGCGGCGACACUACGAGGCCCUGGUGGAGGACGUCGGCGCGAUCGACGCCGGCCGCGUCCCUCUCCCGCGCUACGCCGGGGAGGACUCUUCCGCCGCGGCGGCCGCAGCGGCGCCUAGCAAGGACCGGCGCGAGGACCGGAAGAGCUUCGACUCCGACUCCGGGAAGGGCUGCUCCAAGGCGGAGCAGGAGCGGCGCAAGGGCAUCCCCUGGACUGAGGAGGAGCACAGGCUGUUCUUGCUGGGGCUGGACAAGUUCGGCAAGGGCGACUGGCGGAGCAUCUCGCGCAACUUCGUCAUCUCCCGGACGCCCACGCAGGUGGCCAGCCACGCGCAGAAGUACUUCAUCCGCCUCAACUCCAUGAACCGGGACCGCCGCCGCUCCAGCAUCCACGACAUCACCAGCAUCAACAACGCCGCCCAGGCCGUGCCGCCCAUCACCGGCCAGGCCCCCGCCGCGCUGGGGGGGCCGCCCGGGGGCAUGAUGAAGCAUCCCGGGAUGGUGGGCAUGUACGGAGGGGCGCCCAUGGGCCACCCGGUCGCCGGCCACAUGGUCCCCGCCGCCGUCGGCACGCCGGUCAUGUUCCCGCCGGGGCCGGGCCACCCGCCCUACGCCAUGCCCGUCGGCUACCCGGCUCCGCAUCAGUGAGCAUGUCAUGCUUGCUCCGGUUCGUGCGCGCGCGCGGCACGCCGGCAUGCGCCUGAUCAAGCGCCUCGACGAACCGCACACACAAGCAUUUCUUCCUUGUUCUUUCUUGAUUGAUUCGUUUUGGGUCGCCGUCCGUUCCUCAUCCUCUGUUGAGUGCAGGGAUGACGCCGGCGAAUAAGUAAGUACUAUUUGCUGACAGUUGCAAGUGCUAGCUUAUAUAUAUGAUGAUCACAGACCCGGGAAAGGUUCAGAGAGGUAAAUGUAAUUAGCAGCGGCCUCCCGAUGUGUAGCUGUUCAUGCUUGCAGAGCUGCGACUGGAGACUGAUUUCCAUUUACCGGAUGUAAAUUACUUGUAUCUUUAUACGUUGACGUGAAUAAAUUACACCUGCAUGUCUCUGCUCGUAUAA